CAUCUCAUUCAGAGGGAAAAGACAGAAUUCGCAUUGUGUCUGCACGUUAAUUUCAUCAAGGCAUGCGCCGACAGUUUGAGAGAUUGAUUGCCGAAUUGGAUAGAACUAUGGUUUAUAUUUCUUCCUCCUUGAACUCUUGUUUUUCGUCCGCUGAUUUAUUGGGGCGAAAGACUGUUCCGCAAAUUCUGCAGAGAAAGCGUUCAUUGAAAAAUGUAGGAUCCCUCUGCUUCGGCCGUGUUUAAUCUUUCGUUUUACUCUCCUGAAGAGGAAUGCCCAGUAGUCUAGAUUGUCAUCGCUCAUAUCAAGCGUGCCUCAUGAGCCACCGGAGCCGCAUCAACAAGCAUCACGACCACCGGAACAUCAACACGACGCCUCUGAGUGCACCGCUCUGCCCCGGCUUGUGACAUGACAGCCCGGGGAAAGAAGAAGCGGAUUAAGCGGCACAGACCUGCAUGCGGACGUGUGGACUUAAAUAGAAAAGGCGCGGUCAGCAAUCAUUUUAAGGGGCUGGAGCCCACACUGUAGCCCGGACUGCAAGAGCGGGCAGUGCCACAGAAACACCUAUAUAGGCUCCACCUGCGAUUCGAGGCACAGAGAGGCUCCAAUACUACCAACUGCUACAAUUUCACUCUGUCCUAAGAUCAGACAUCGUAUCUGUAUGAUCUUUUUGCGUAAAUUUCAGUAGAACUGACUGCCUUAUUUUGAAUGCAUUCAAUGAUUUGAUUAAUGUGCCGUCGUAACCAUAGUUUCUGGAAGUAAGAUAUGGGACGUGACAGAGAUUGAUGACACUUUGAGCCCAAGUCCACAGUGUUAUCAUCCCGUUACGUCCCCUGACUAGAACCGAAUCCUCAUUAUGGGCUGCAUACAGAGCAUCGCCUGUAAAUCGCGAAUCAAACGUGAAAACAUAGUGGUCUACGACGUUUCUGCCACUAUCGACCACUGCCCAACAAUAAUUGAGGAGAACUCGCCUAUAGUGUUGCGCUAUAAGACACCAUAUUUCAAGGCCUCUGCGCGGAUAGUGAUGCCCCCUAUUCCCCGUAAUGAGACCUGGGUGGUUGGUUGGAUCCAGGCAUGCACCCAGAUGGAAUUCUACAACAUCUACAACGACAUUGGCAUGUCUAGCUGGGAGCUACCAGAACUUCGCGAGGGUCUGGUGAGGGCCAUCAGUGACUCAGACGGGGUGAGCUACCCUUGGUAUGGCAACACCACAGAGACAGUCACCCUGGCAGGGCCCACCUCCAAGCCCUCGCGCUUUACCGUCAGCAUGAAUGAUAACUUCUACCCCAGUGUGACCUGGGCUGUGCCCAUCAGUGACAGCAACCUCCCCCUGCUAACCCGCAUAAAGAGGGACCAGAGCUUCACCACCUGGCUAGUGGCCCUCAACACAGCCACACGGGAGAAGAUCCUGCUGCAGACAGUGAAGUGGCGCAUGCGCGUGGACAUCCUGGUGGACCCCUCCAUGCCCCUCGGCUCCAGAGCCACUCUGACGGGCCGGACACAUCAGGAACAGCCCCGCGUCAUGACCCACAUGGAGCCCAUCCCCCCCAACGCCCUGGGGAGGCCCAAUGCCAAUGAUGCCCAGGUGCUGAUGUGGAGGCCGAGGAAGGGUCCACCCCUGGUGGUCAUCCCUCCCAAGUAGAGGAAGGAGAGAGAGGGGAGGCGGAAAUGGGUCCCAGCCACGAUUACAUCAACAUGGACAGAGAUUUAGGGGACAGCUGUCUUAAUUUCCCACCACUGCCUUUGAGUAGGGAGAGAGAGGACCACUGCCUGGACCAGGGUCUAGAUACACGACAGAUACAGAGAGGAACCUCUGCCUUAAUCCCCUCUGCAGGGGCCCUAAUAAGUGGAAGCUCCGGGUUUCAGGGAAAAUAGAAAGAGGGACUUCUGCUUUUAGACGUUAGCGGGGUGACACUCCAUUUUAACUUCUCCCCAUUUACAGAAUUGGUUGAACAGUGCAGAUUAGAACCUCCCCUGACUGUUUUUUUUUUUUCUUUCUCUCAUCAAGACAAGUUUGUGGGCGAUCUACUUUCAGGCGUUUCUUUAACACCUGCUAUGUUAUGUUACUGCCUUAAUAACAUCCUCUGGCCUGGAGAAGCAAAGAGGACUUAUCAGUUGUGUGUGCCAAGCCCAGCAGGGAUACACUCCAGGGAAGCAGACUGUAGCCUAAUGCACACCAUGCUGCCUCACCGAGAUGACAGAGCAGCCAUCUUUAAUCAUAGACUGCUCUGGGUCUAUGACAGUGAUGUAGAGGACUGUGUCUCACAUGGCAUCCUAUCACUCUUUGGAUUCAAAGUAAUGCACAAUGUGGAGAAUAGGUUGGCAUUUCAGAUAAGCUAGAGUUGUGAGGUACAGUAGUAUUUCUAUUAGAAGAGAUUGGGAUAUAUCAUGUUUUUUUAUACAAAAGAACAAAGAUUGUGGCUCAUGUCAAGUUGACGUUCAUUCUCAGUACAUCUACAGGCAACGAUGCAUGCAUUUGUAGAGGGGACAGACAGGGUCUCUAAAGCCAUCAACAGCAGGCCCGGCAGUGUGAUCCAGGAAUUUGAUGUAGGGAAAUUAGAAAUCCACUCACAAACUUAAUUCAAUCACACCCAUCCUAAAAUCUAUUCCAGUUCUUAUGGAUUACAAGUGAAUUUGUUUUGCUAUGCUAUCCACUCUCAUCAAUCAAAGAAUUUCCCAGAGUCCACCAGGUUUCACUUGAAAACCAGAUCUGUCACAUCUGAGUCUGUAAAUUAACUGUGAAAAAGAUUUGCUCUCAUUUGGGAAAUCUGAAUUAAUCUGGUCUGGGCCAGGUAGUUGAUGCAGAGAAGAGAAAGAUGGUGAAUUCUGUCCAAAUUCAUUUAGGAUUGUUAACUACCCCCUCUCCCCCAAAACAUGCCCACCAUUUGAACGUUAACGCUGGCCUCUGCAAUUUACAUGCGGGUCCCAAAGCUAAGUCUGUGGAAAUGUGAGUGUGUAGAGGCCAGUUAGACCCUGCAGGGGCAUCUGUGGGUAACAAUGAAACCUUCAUGAGCCAAAUGGAAUUAGUCAAGGCACCACAUCAUAUUUGUAUUUGCACAGUUUCACACAAAAUAAGACACACGCAUUUAUUAGUCUGAUUUUGAGAGACUGGACAGGAAAUACUAGAAAUUAAAUGUUUAAUUGUUACCGCCAUAUCUUGUGAAACAACAAUAUAGAUUUGUUAAUUUCAUGCUUAUUUUAUUUUUUUAAUCUGGAAUAUGAAUUGCAUCGUUCACAUGGGUGUUUCAAAGUUGAUGGGUUCAUUGAUCACUAUCAAGUCACCACCAGAGUUUAGUGUGCAACACUUGACCAUACAGAGGCGAAGAGUUGGUUGGAGAUUCACCCACAGACUAAAAUGUGACAGACGUUGUGUGUCAUUCAAGUGAACACUUUAUUGUCAAGUUAACUACUAGCAGGAAAUGGAACCGAUUUGCCGCUAUUCAGCUUGUCACCCAUACGGAAGUGUAGCCAUGGCAACCACAGUGAUCCUGAUGGAUUGUAGGCAAUUUCGUUUCCAGUAGAGCCUUAUAUAGUAGACUGGCUGCAAGGGAGUAAAAGCGAGGGUAGAGGGCGUGCCAACAAAUAUCCACGAUAGUCGGAAUAUAUUUAGCGAUGAGGGUGAUACCACAUUUGGGCUUUUUGGGGAUUCCCCAUAGUGAAUUUUGUGAGUGAUUUUCAAAUAUUCACUCUGCCUCAAUUAAACCUGAGUGGGCUAGGGAGUGGAUUCAGAGGAGACUGAGAAUGUUACAAUAUGAACUCCCCAUGCUGCUCAAUACUAAGGUGCAAACCAUACUAGCCUUCACACACACUCACAAAACCCAAGGCAUUAUCAUAAGAGGGACAAGUGGCUCAGGAGGAUUCUACAAAUCAUUCAUUUGUAUUGGAGAUCAUAUCACAUACUGUGUAUGGUGGAUACAGUGUGGUGACAAACAUCCAUUGAGAGCCAGUCACUCACAGUAACAGAUGUGGCUGCGAAUGACUUGGACUGGAGGAUGUACACUCAAUCAAAUUUACAGUGGGACAACUUGGCGGGCUACUUCACAGGGUUUCACAAUGGAUGGGUUAUUGUGCA